AUGUCGGCCCGCUUGAACGCUCUAGACUCCCGGGCUCUCCCGAACUCACCCUCGGGAGGCUACGCCCCAGCUGUUGUCGAAUGCCCGGCAGUCGGUCCCACCAUCCGCUCCGCAUCAGCCCUGUCGCCUAAUGAGACGGCAUGGCUCACGAGCCGGCGGAGUGCUAUAGUCCAACCAUUACGCGACUUUCUCACCCGCGCCAACAUCCCUGACUUUGAUGCUGGCGCCUAUAUUGAUGGCCUCAGGCCGUCCCAGCUACCCAACAUCGCCAUCGCUAUAUCUGGGGGUGGGUAUCGCGCUCUUAUGAAUGGUGCUGGCUUUCUAGCGGCUGCUGACAGCCGCACGCCUAGCUCUACGUCUGCUGGCGGUAUUGGCGGUUUGCUCCAGUCAGCUACCUACCUAGCUGGUCUCUCUGGAGGCGGCUGGCUUGUGGGCUCCCUCUUCUUCAACAACUUCUCCUCUGUGGUCGACCUACAGCAGAGCUCUACUGUCUGGCAGUUUGAACACUCUAUCUUCACUGGACCUAAGGAUCCCGGUCUUUCUAUCAUCAACACAGCCAAGUACUGGAAGGACAUCAUCAGCCAGGUGUACAGUAAGGACAAGGGGUUUGAAGUGUCUAUUACAGACUACUGGGGCCGCGCCCUCUCAUACCAGCUUAUCAAUGAUGUUGAUGGGGGCCCAGCUUACACCUUUUCCUCUAUUGCUGAAUCGCCUGACUUCCAGGCUGGCGCCCAGCCAUUCCCCAUACUAGUUGCUGAUGGCCGCGCCCCUGGUGAGCGUCUUAUCUCGCUUAACGCUACUGUAUAUGAGUUUAACCCUUUUGAGCUUGGUACUUGGGAUAACACAGCCUUUGGCUUUGCACCCCUCUCCUACCUUGCCUCUAACUUUUAUAAUGGCAGUAUAACUGCUGGCGGCUCUUGCGUUCGUGGCUUUGACCAGGCCGGCUUUGUUAUGGGCACCUCAUCCUCCCUAUUCAAUCAGCUUAUUCUUCGCAACUCUAUAUCAAAAUCCGAGAGUAUUCCCGGCUUCGCCAAGAGCGCUCUUACAGAUAUCCUUAAGCGAAUUGACAAGGAUAACGACGAUAUUGCGCAGUAUGUGCCGAACCCCUUCUUCGGCUGGAACCCAAGCACCAACCCUACCGCCAACUCGUCCCAGCUGACCCUUGUUGAUGGCGGCGAGGACCAUCAGAAUAUCCCACUUCAACCACUAAUCCAGCCAAACCGCGCUGUUGAUGUUAUCUUUGCUGUUGAUUCUUCAGCUGAUACUACCUUCCACUGGCCUAAUGGUAGCGCCCUCCGCGCCACCUAUAACCGCGCUACCUACAACCGCGCUGCUAAGCCUAUUGCUAAUGGCGCCCUUUUCCCACCUGUCCCUGACGCCAACACCUUUAUCAACCUCGGCCUUAACCGCCGGCCGACCUUCUUCGGCUGUAAUGCCUCUAAUUUCACCCUUAGUAGCGACCAGCAGCUACCGCCACCCCUUAUCGUCUACAUCCCCAAUGCGCCCUAUAGCACCCAGUCUAAUGUGUCUACUUUCGACCUCAAAUACAACCUUAGCCGGCGCGACACCAUCAUCCAGAAUGGCUAUGAUGCAGCUACCCAGGGAAACGCUACCCUCGACGCAGAGUGGCCUGUUUGCGUCGCUUGCGCUGUCCUUUCGCGCAGCAUGGACCGCGCCCGCCAGACUGUGCCUACGGCAUGCGCCAACUGCUUCCAGCGGUACUGUUGGAACGGUACGCUCGACACGCGCGACGUCCCUGAGUACGAGCCCGACUUUGCGAUCGGGGCCCACAGUCUCGCCGAAAGGGCGGGCGACGCGGGCGCUGCUUCAGCAGCCGUGGGGCUUGCUGUCUGA